AUGGUCAGCCGCUCCAAUGACGGCGGGGAUCGGACCCCAGCAUCCCCAGUCAAGGCACGGCUGGCGAGGUCAGGAACAAGCCCUACAAAAAGAGACGACAGGACGUCGUCCAAGUCUCUAUCACAAGAUGUUUCCGAUUUGAAGGAUUUUCAACUCGGCGAUUGCCUGGGCAAAGGUGCCUUUGGAUCGGUAUAUCGAGCUCUCAACUGGAAUACCGGAGAAACGGUGGCAGUGAAACAGGUCAAAUUAGUCGACCUUCCAAAAAGCGAGUUGCGGGUUAUCAUGCUUGAAAUCGACCUCCUUAAAGCACUAGAUCAUCCAAAUAUCGUCAAGUAUCACGGCUUCGUGAAGACACCAGACACACUCAAUAUCAUUCUGGAAUAUUGUGAAAAUGGAUCAUUGCACACCAUCGCGAAAAACUUUGGCCGUUUCCCUGAGAACCUUGUCGCGCUGUACAUGUCUCAAGUUCUGCAGGGGCUUCUAUAUCUUCACGACCAGGGUGUCAUUCACCGAGAUAUCAAAGGCGCAAACAUCCUCACCACCAAACAAGGCCUGGUCAAACUGGCGGACUUUGGCGUGGCUAGUCGUACAACGGGUCUCCACGAGUCGAGCGUCGUUGGCACUCCGUACUGGAUGGCACCGGAAGUUAUCGAGCUUUCAGGCGCCACCACCGCGUCAGAUAUCUGGAGCCUUGGCUGUACAGUGAUUGAAUUGCUGGAUGGAAAGCCUCCAUAUCACAAAUUUCAGCCGAUGCCAGCUCUCUUCCGCAUAGUAAACGACGAUCACCCUCCAUUGCCUCAGGGAGCGUCACCUGCCGUGAAAGACUUCUUAAUGCAAUGCUUCCAGAAAGACCCGAAUCUUCGAGUCUCGGCUCGAAAGCUUCUCAAACAUCCAUGGGUCGUCAAUGCCCAUCGGUCAGGAUCAGUCGUCCCCAAGAAACCUACAGAGUACGAAGAAGCCGUUAAGAGCGUUCAAGAAUGGAAUGAGGCUCUCCGCUCACCGGAUUCCACGACAAUAAGAAAGCCAAUUCGCACCGACCAAAAUACCCCCAGCCACUCACGCCUUGACCCAACCCAUACAGGAUUACAGGCGAAACAUGCGACAGCCGCUGGAGCUGGAAAACCAGCACCUGAUAGAUUUCGCUCUCCAGAUCCCGAGGAUAACUGGGACGACGACUUUGACUCGGCAAUAUCUCCUCAUGCCCUCCAUCUGCCUCACCUACGGCCACAUGAUCAUCUCGGUGGCCUACUUUCAUCGGACCGGCUGAAGUCAUUUGCUUCACUCGACGGAACUACUAUCCGUGAUGCAGACAGCUCCUUGGAAGGUGAUAGUGCAGAUUCAGACCAAUUAGAAACAAUCAGGCCACUACCACGAAAACCAGUAGAUGAGGAUAAAUCGGUACAUAGACUACGCACACGCCAUAAGCCGAGCAAGAGCGCCCUCCCUUCUCUUCCAAGCGUUCAGAUCUUUGGUAGGGCGGACUUGUCUUCUUCAAAACCAGUGCGUCAGACGCGUCCUGCAGCUUUCUACAGUGAAAGCGCGGAUGAAGAUUACUCCGACUUGAUUGUUGCAAAUGAUGAUGUUCUAGAACGUAAACUAGGCGUGCUCCCAGAAGUAGAUGACAACGCCUUCCAGGCAGGCUUGCAGGCCUCGUCGAACAAGAAAGAAUCUGUCCGGAGUACCAAGUCGGACGAGAACAAAAAGGGCUCCCAGUCAGGCUUACGGGCCCGAGGAUCUAUCAAACGUAGCCGCUCCUCUAUUGAAAUACAAAAGUUUGCCGAGGACGAACACGAUGAAGAUUUUUCGGAUAUAUUUGGCAAUGAAGAAGGAUCUUUUGCGAAACCAGCGAGUGAACAUGGCUCAGACCGAAGUACGCUGAUGCUGCACUCCAAGCUGUCAAACAAUUCGUGGUUAGGAGAUCAAGACGAUGAAGAUGACCCUUUUGCUCAGUUGGAAGAAGGGUUCGACGAAAUGGAUCUAGAGGCAAACAUUGCUCGUGACAAGUACGCCCGGCUACGCAAUCAGGUUGAAGGGCUUGUAAGCUCCUUGAAAACGUCACAGGACGACGACGUACUUGCCGACAUAUCGGAGCAGCUGCUUUCGAUCUUCUGUGACCUACCAGAAACAAAGGCCAUCAUUAUUGGAGCGCACGGAAUGCUUCCUAUGCUGGAAAUUCUUGAAGGGUGUCGCCGUCGAGACAUCAUAUAUAAUCUGCUAAAAAUCCUCAACUCGAUCAUUUAUAAUGACUAUGAGAUUCAGGAAAACCUAUGUUUUGUGGGUGGCAUACCAAUUAUCAACGACUUCGCCUCGAAGAAGUACCCACGUGAGAUCCGACUCGAAGCUGCAGCUUUUGUACAACAAAUGUAUCAGUCCUCGACUCUUACGUUGCAAAUGUUUGUCAGCGCUGGCGGUCUGAACGUGCUCGUCGAUUUCUUGGAAGACGACUAUGAAGACGAGCGUGAGCUUGUUCUGAUUGGCGUGAACGGGAUCUGGAGUGUUUUUGAACUUCAAGGUUCCACUCCGAAGAAUGACUUUUGCAGAAUCCUUUCUCGGAACUCGGUGCUAGACCCAUUAUCACUUGUUCUGAGCAGGGUCCUGGAAGAAGAUGAGGAAUUGGCAAAAAUCAGUGAAGGCCGUAUAGCCAACAUUUUUCUCUUAUUUUCGCAGGCAGAAAAUCAUGUCAAGGAGAUGGUGGCUGAAAGGACAGUACUGCACCGAGUUCUGAAGGAACUAAGAAGGAUGACGCCAAUACAUCAGAUUACCAUGUUAAAAUUCAUCAAAAAUCUAUCCAUGUUAUCGACGACGCUAGACUCCCUCCAGAACUCGAAUGCGAUAGACGUUUUGACAGAAAUCUUGCGUUCUACCAUGAAACAGCCCCAUUUCCGAGAGGUGUCGAACCAGAUACUGAAUACCAUAUACAACAUGUGCCGCCUCAGUAAGCCACGACAAGAAGAUGCGGCGCUAAAUGGUAUUAUACCUCUUCUGCAGAAGAUUGUAAAGACGGAACGCCCCUUGAAAGAAUUUGCUCUUCCCAUAUUAUGUGAUAUGGCCCAUUCAGGGAAAGUAGGGCGUCGCGAGCUUUGGCGCAAUAAGGGCUUGCCUUUUUACAUUUCGCUGCUUUCUGACCCUUAUUGGCAAGUCACGGCUUUGGAUGCUAUAUUUGCAUGGCUUCAAGAAGAGACUGCCAAGGUUGAGGAACACUUGCUGGAGAGUCGAGCUGACGGCAUGUCCUUUACCGACUCGAUCGUGAAAUGCUUGACCGUCUCGAAAGCCAAUGCUUUUGAGAACCUGCUAGAACCCCUACAAAAACUAUUGCGACUCAGCCCUCCAGUAGCAUCUACGUUUGCUCGACCAGAUCUUUUCACCCGGGUUCGCCAAAAGCUUCAUCACAACAAGGCAGCCGUGCGCUUGAACUUGCUGCGUAUUCUUUCUAGUAUCUGCGAUUGUACAGAAGAGCAAGGAGAUCUUCUUGCUCGCUGCGGUCUACUAGAUGCAAUCAGGGAGCUUGAGAACGAUCCCGCCAUUCUCGUCAGAGACAUGGCCGGCAAGCUUCUCAACUCUAGUGAUGGUAUAGACAGCCUUACCAGUGCAAAGAGACGACCGGUAAUGAGACGAACGAGUAGCUCCGCCAUGUCUCAGCUGGUGACGAACAUGUCUCGUCCCACGACGCCUCAAAUGCGAGCCGGGCAGCCCAAGGGGUUUUUUGACGCUCGUGAGGCUCCGCGACACCCACGUAACGGUCUUGGUCCUCAUCUACGGCCGGGCACUCGGGAUAGCAGUGGUUCGGUUACAGCGUCUGGGGAAACCGGUGUCUCUGGAGCUGUCCGAACGCGCGUACCUCGUGCUAGUCGCCUGUCCUUUAUUGGAUCUUUGCAGUCCGAAGACACAAGGUCUCCUAGCUCUACCGGCCGCCCACCGUCAGCCAUCAAUUCUCGCCGACGGCGACAAACGAACAGUGAUCUCGACUGGGCAUGA